GAGAGAGAGAUAGACAUGCACAGAAUAGGAGGAGGAGGGGGAGGCUCCUGAUACCAAGACACGGAAAAGCAGGGGAGGGAAAGAGAGAAAGAAAAAGGGGCUGGUGGAGGAAGAGGAGCGGGGAGUUGGAGAAAACGGGGAAUAACACUUACAGAAAGCAUACAGAGGAGAGGAAGGAGAGUACCUAGUGCUUUGGACAUCCCCUCCUUUCUUCUCUUAAGCUGUCACACCAGAUUGGACUCCGAAGGACCGACACCGCGUCCACCCCAGACCCCAUGGGGUAACAGCAGAUGUUUGGAGGAGAGGCUUUUGUUCAGCUACACAGAUGAACAACAGGAAGGAGGACAUGGAGAUCUCGUCUCACUACCGUCAGCUCCUCAGAGAGCUCAAUGAGCAGAGGCAGCAUGGCAUCCUUUGUGAUGCCUGUGUCAUUGUGGACGGGAAGAUUUUCAAGGCCCAUAAGAAUGUCCUCCUGGGAUCCUCGCGCUACUUCAAGACUCUUUACUGCCAGGUUAAAAAGGGGGCAGAGCCUCACCACCAGACUACUGUCACUCAUCUGGACAUUGUCACAGCAACAGGCUUCAAAGCCAUCCUGGACUUCAUGUACUCGGCGCACCUUGCUCUCACCAGUAAGAAUGUGAUUGAGGUCAUGUCAGCCGCCAGCUACCUGCAGAUGACAGAUAUUGUUCAGGCUUGCCACAGCUUCAUCAAGGCUGCACUAGACAUCAGCAUCCGCUCAGAGAUGGCUGACGAACUGGCCGACUUUGAAAUGGGCGCUGUGGCUGCUGCUGGCCUAGGUGGAGGUGGGGGAGGUGGAGGAGGAGUGGGUCUACCAGGGGCAGGGGGUGUUGCAGGUGCUGGUUUAGGAGGUGGAGGGGCGAUAGUGGGCAUGGCGUCUGAAGCUCUGGCUUCCAUCAUGUCUGGUCGCAGCACCUCCCCUUGGCUGGCUCGCCGCACCAGCCCGGCCAACUCUUCUGGGGACUCAGCCAUUGCCAGCUGCCAUGAGGGAGGCAGCACGUAUGGGAAGGAGGACCAAGAACCACCUAAGAGCCAUGAGAGCCAGGAAGAAGCCUGCCACGACUCCCAGCCCGCAUGGCCUCACGACUAUCGACCAGGCAUCACCGUCAAAGAGGAACAGGUAUCCCCUGCCUCCUCCUCUCAUCCCCGGGACACUUCCAGGGGGGCAGCCCAAAGCCAGGUGGAGCAAGGGACUGGGGGUGCUGGUGGAGGAGGUGGAGAAGGGCCCUGGCAACCCCUGUCAGGGUCAGGGAGGAGGAAGAACAGGAAGAACAAGGACACAGUCAGACAUAUUACCCAGCAGGCUGAGAGGAACUGGGACCGUGAGCGGGACAGAGAAAGAGAAAGAGACAGUAGGCCUGGAUCUCCUCUGCCCUCCAUGCUGGCUGUAGCUGGAUGGAACUACAAUGGGCAGGAUAUCCCAGGGGCAGAUGUGACUGAACCCAACAGCUCAGACAGCCGCGGCGAGCGCCUCGACUUCUUCCUCAAACAGGAAGAGCCUCUUACCACAGAGCCGAGCUUCCUGGGCAACAACGAAUCGGAGGAGGCCGGGGGAGGAGCCGGAGGUGGAACAAUUUCAUCUGUAGCCAAUCUGAAGGCAGCGCUGAUGAGUAAGAACAGCCUGCUGUCACUGCGGGCUGAGAUGAUGGGAGAUGAUAACCCCUUGUUGUAUGAGUACCUGCCCAAAGGAGGACACUCCCUGUCUUGGCUCUACUCCAACAACUACUGCAGCACGCUCCGGCCAGGGGCCACGGGGGCCACUAUUCAUAACAAACAGGGGGCUGGCUCCUCUCCUCCUCCUCCUCCUCUUCCUCUUCUUCCUCCUCAUCUUCCACCAUCCUCACCACUACCACCAUCAUCAUCAUCAUCAUCAUCAACAUCAGCAUACUGCCCACCCACUCCACCCACACCACUACACCCCUCUGAGCUUCGGCCCCUGGAGGCCCCCGGUCUGCGGGCUGGGGCACCCCUGCUGCACUCAGAGGGAUUGGACAUGGAAGUUGAAGAGGCCCCUGAGGGCCCAGAGCCCUCCACCUUGCCUGAGGAGGGCACAAAACACAAAGAAGACACGAAAGAAUACAACACAGUUUUGGAAGGUGACCAGUCUCCUGUCGAGAGGGAUCAGAUGGGCAAGGGGAGUUGUGCGGGUGGCUUGACUGUGCCUGCGUCAGUGCCCAUGGUUGGCAGAGGGACUAAAGGGCUGCUAGGGCUGGGUGAAGAGGCUGGAUUAGGGGAAAGGGUUGUGCCAGAGCACGGUGCCUGGCCCUCACAGGGGUUCGCCUGCUCCCUGUGCAAACGGCUGUUCCGCAGCCUGGAGCAUCUCAGGGAGCACGAGUACCGCCACACCCUAUCUCUGAUGGCCUUGUCCCUUGACUGGCCAAGCAUCCAAGGUCCGCACCACCAACUGGCCCAGCCCCAUCAUCAUCCUCAAUCCCAUCAUCUCCACUUUCAGUCUCCCUACCGCCCUGCAGUGGCUGAACCCUCACCAGCACGUUACCUGUGCUCGCAGUGCCCCGCCAGCUUCACCCUCAAAUCUAAUGCAGACCGACACGAGAAGACCAUCCACUUCAAGAAGAAGCUGAUGCAGUGUGCGUACUGUCUGAAACACUUUAGAGACCGCACUGACCUGCACAGACAUCUGUCAUCCGUUCACUCCAAAGAGAGGGGGCACACCUGCCCUGCCUGUGCCAAGGCUUUUAGCACCCAGAAAAACCUGGCCACGCAUGUAAAGGUGUGCUGCCAGGUGGGGUCAGUGCCAGGAGCUAUACUGGGAGGCAACAGUGGAAUGGAAAUGUCCCAGGGUGGGAUUAUAGACCCACUGUGGCGGGUAACACAUCAGAUGAAGGUUGACAAUCAUAAUCAAAGUAUCAAUGUGGAAAACUGAGAGUGGAAUUACAGGCAGCAUGCUACACACUUUCCUACACAUCAGCUAGUCGUGUAUCCUCAAAUGUGUUUUACGUUCAUGCCAAAAAUGCUCUGUGGUGUCAUUGCACUGACGAAGAAAGAGUUUCUUUUAAAAUCUGUUGAUUAUGGCUAUAAAUAUCUCGGGACUUUUUUUUUUUUUUAAUGGCUUGUUAAAUUUUAUGUCACUGAUAUUUUUUUUUAAUGGUGACUCAAACUGAUGACUUAUGUGUCAAAAGAGCACAACUGCUAUGCAAAAAAAACCCCAGAAAAAAGAUAUGUUUAAACAAACCUUUGACUGAAAAUAUAUGUGGUCUUUGUUAGGAUGAGUGAAUAGUUCUAGUGAGCACUGACUGUAUCCAUGAACAGGUGAAUUACUUUCCACUGCAGUGCCGGGUUGAGAGACGGGGGGAGGGCAAUGGGGGGGGGGUCCACCCCCAUGUCCUAAACUACUUGUCUGGCUCUCGGUCACCAGUCUAACUAAACUCUGCUCUCCUUUUUAGGCAGAUAGAUCUUUAUUUUUGUGUCCACCCCUGCAAUAGGGGCACAAAGACAUUCAGACAUAUCUGCCAGGCAUUACUCUAAGUCACAGCCCACACAACCACACCACCUGCAGGAACUUUGCAGCAUUGCAUUGUGAGAAUAGAAGGAAAACCCAGGUAAGAAUAUUACUGCUGCCAGGGGCAGUACAUCUCAGUAGAUAUUAGAAACUGUCAUAAAAUAACUGAAAUGUGGUAUAAAAAUAUUAUAUAUAUUUUUUUAACUAUAAGUCAAGGACAACAAAAUUCUACCCCAGAUUCACCAUCAUUGAACAUGCAGUAGCUUGUCCUCAGUGUGACUGCCUUCAGUCACUGCUGUCAGAUCAGUACAGAUGAGGGGAUGCGCUGAACGAGACAAAGCCCGCUAAAACAAUAGACCAGUAGCAACUAGGGUGGGGGUUGGGUGGUGUCAUUUUCUCUUUCUCUGUCCAUCUUCUCUGUCCCAGAUCUGUAAUUCUUGCAGUGGCUGAGUGUGGUUGGAGCUGGACAGUAAUUGGUCCUUCACGGCUCCGGCCCCUCUUAACCCCUGACCCCUCAUCUGAAGAGGAAGUGGGUAUUGAAGGGCAGAUGCCCUUUAAACUGGAUGAGCUUAGUGAUGUCACGGCUGCAGACAGAUAAUGGUGUGGCUGUGAGCAUGGGGUAGAAAAUGAGAGAUCAAGAGAGACAAGUAGGCAAAUGCAGGAGAAUAAUAAGAGAGGUGGUGGAGAAUGUCGAUGGGUGGAAGCAGGGCUGCAGGAUAUUGGAAUCAGCUUGAAACACUGGCUUGAAAAUCAUUGCUAAUGUAAAUUCACACCAAUUUCUGCCAAAUUUUUCUCCUUUGAGUUUACAGCAGGCCUUUAACAUGCAACAAGAUACUGUCUUGAUAAAUCCCAUUUAUAAAGGUUUGUUAUGUACACCCAUACUGUGAUUACUAUGCCCAAAGGGAAGCCAUUCACCUGUGUUUACCUCUAAUUAUCACUUGAGCACACUGAACUGCAAUUUCUGUGUGCUUAGAAAAGCAAAACUGGUGUCUAUUGGGAAUCUGUUUGCUUCCCGUUGUGUGUGUGUAUCAUGUAUAUACAUAGGGAACUCCCGAAUGCCAAAUCCUUUCUGCUACAGAAUCCCACAUUUUCAGGUAGCACUCCCUGUCCUAGCCAGGUGCUGAGACAGAUCGGCAGGUUCAGAGAAGUCAGGAAGUAAUCAGAGCCAGUCAUUGAGAAGAAAUGGAAAGUACUGUAAGGCCGUUUUUGAGUGCUGUUGUAAAAUUUUGAAAAUACUGAAAGAUAUUUUACUUUAUAUUCAACAUUUUCUCAUUGAAAUCCAUGUGUUGUACAAAAGCUGUACUUUUUAAAAUAAGAUUCUGCUUUUAGAUUUUAUGCUGUAAUUAAACU